UGUUGACCUGGAAGGAUGGUACAGGUGAAGCUACUAACUGGUCAGGUCAAAGAGUCGAGCCCAGAUGUGAUCGAUGAGUGGCGGUUGACAAUUGACAUGCCAGUAUGGGAAUUGGUGUUCUUGCUGCUCCUUGUGAGUCCAAGUUUGCCGCUGAAGGAGGAUGAAGAGGACACAGUGGCGGAAGACAUCGGCGUCCACCAGCUGGAGCGCUUGGUGGAGCUGCUGACUUCCUCCGAGUGCAAGGAACUCCUGGUCGCCCUCUCCAAUCCCGAGGAAAACGUUUUUCAGCAUGUCGAACGCCUCUCACUGGAAAACAAUCCGCUCCCCGCCAAGCCUCGCGCCAAGAGAGACACCACCUCACUUGAAGACGGCGAAGCUCAGUGCCGGGCGGACCUGACAACCUGGCUGGAGAAGUAUGGUUCGCAGAUGUACUACGACCGCCUCUCUCGGGCCUUGCAUCACAUCGGCAGACCAGACAUUGCCCUCGAGGUGGGCAAGAACAUCAACCAGGACAAAAUCUUGAACUUGGAGCGCUAUGUUGAAGGCUACCACCAGUUUGUCAGCUCUCUAACGUCCCAGCAGAUGCGAAAAACCCCAAAAGGCAAGAAGAGAAAGAAGAAAAGAGGUUCCCACGACACCUUGGCAUUCAUCAACAGGCUAGAAGUCGCUAAGGAUGCUGAUGUCGGCAAACUCCUGGCGGUACCGGUGCGAGUACAAGACCAAGAGGCAGGACCACUUGAGGGUCAUGAAGCUCCACACGCAGGACAGCGUCAGGAAGGCGACGAAGGCCAUGACGGCGAGCACGCUGAAGAUCCCGCCCACGCCCAUGAAGAGCUUGAGACCUUUGAGCCACGUCCGCCAGUAGUCCUGAAGGUACAUGAGUCGCUGGUCAUCCCUGAGAAGUUCCAGCACAUUCUACGUGUUCUCAACACGAACAUUGAUGGAAGGAGAAAGAUUGCCUUCGCCAUUACUGCCAUAAAGGGUGUCGGCAGGCGCUACGCCCACGUGGUCCUGAGGAAGGCGGACAUCGACCUCAACAAGAGGGCUGGGGAGCUGACUGAGGAGGAGGUGGAGCGUGUGGUCACCAUCAUGCAGAACCCUCGCCAGUACAAAAUCCCAGACUGGUUCCUAAACAGGCAGAAGGACGUCAAGGAUGGUAAAUUCAGUCAGGUGCUGGCUAACGGCCUCGACAACAAACUGAGAGAAGACCUGGAGAGGCUGAAGAAGAUCAGAGCCCAUCGUGGUCUCAGACACUUCUGGGGCCUGCGUGUGCGUGGUCAGCACACCAAGACCACCGGGCGCCGUGGCCGCACUGUGGGUGUGUCCAAGAAGAAGUAAACUCCCAGCAUCACCUAGCUGGCAUGGGCUCAGGGAAAGUGCUGGUGUAAAUAGGACGAUGUAUGCUUGUGCAACUUGGACAGAAUAUGGGAAAUUUAAUUGAUUUUUAUUCAACAAUAAUUUUUCUAAAAUUUU